UGUGAGCGCGGAUGUAGGUGUGUAAAUAUGAUUGCGUUUGUGUGUUACUGUGGAGCGUCACUCGAACAGUCGUCGGCUGCGGGUUGUGCGUCUCCUCUCUGUUCUUGGUCGUCCCGCGUCGGCGGACGGGAUGUUGGUGUCGGUGGGUCGAUAUCCGAUUCGUCACCGGCCACAGGGUUACUAGGGUACUAUAUUAAGGAGGAAUAUGCAUCCGCCAUAUUGGCUCCUAGUCAGUGCCGGGAAUUCAAGCAAAGUAAAGGCAUCUAAUUUUGUUUUACAUAAAAUUUUGUGUUUUACAUAGACUUAAGUAUAUAAAAUGGGCGCUUGCAGUGCAAUAAAUUGUAAAAAUAGGAGUGAAGCCGGGUAUCAAACGUUUCGCUUUCCAAAAGAAGGCGAAAGAAGAAAGAAAUGGCUUAUAAACUGUCGGCGUAACAAAUGGAUACCUUCCUCAAAUUCAAGAUUAUGCGAGAUUCACUUUGAAAGCUUUCAAUUUGAACAGCAUAGGCAAGAUGGGAUAAAAAAAUUAAAAGCGAAUGCUAUACCAAUAUUAUUUAAUGUACCAAAUCCGCCAAAAAUGAUUAACAAUAUAAAACAAAAAUGGUUUUCUAUUAUUUUUGUCUUUUAAAUUAAAAUUUUUUUAAUUGAUUUGUAUAAAAUUAAUUAUAUAAUAAUUACUGUAAUAAGUUUACACACGUAUAUAUAAUAUAUAUUUAAAAUAGGUUAUUAAAGUUUGUUAACAUUGUUAAUUAACACUAAAACAUAUGGUU